GUGAAUAAAAAACUUCAGUCCCAUCCAGUUGAAAUACAUAAAAACAACCAAGACUGGUAUAAAAGUUGGCACAAGGAGACCAAAGUAGCAUGGUGAAUACUGGUUCAGACAUGACUCUGGAAAAUCCUGUAAAAUUCAAGAAGCAUAUGAAUGUCUACUCUCUUCACAAGGACACUGUUUUAUAUUACACUGCAUUACUGUCAACUCCCUCUAAGACAGACACCUUUGGGACCAGCACAAAGUUUCUGUCUUAGAGAGAUGUCCAUGUUAGAGAGAGUCAAAUAAAGGGAGUAAAGAAAGGCAGGGAUCAACUCCACAUGUCCAUUUUACAGAGGUGGUGUUCAUCAUGUAGAGGUGUCCAUGGGCCUUAAGAAAGAGUUGACUGUACAUUCAUGUACUGCUACCCGCCUAACAUAUGUUAAAAUCAGACAGCGGGUGGGAAGUUACUACCACAGGUCUCUCUGACAAACUGCUCCUUGUGUAUUUGUCAGGCAACAAAUGCCAGCAACACAGGUCAGGGCCAUUCCAUUUAACAGCCACACUCCAACCUUGCCCCUCUCCUCUACAGACGAGGUAAGUUGACUCCCUUUUACCCGCUACGGUCAAAAGUACCGACACAAUCCGAUAUUCCUCAGAAAUAUUUCAAAGAUCAAAGGCGUCAAUGCGGUGACCCCUCGGAAAAAACUUGCCAGUGUCCCCCCCCCCACCUCAAUCUAUAGAUAUGACUUUCUGUGGGGGUGGUGGUGGUGGUGGGUGGUGCCUUGGAGAUUAAGUGAAAUGGUCCCUCACAACGAAAAUUUUUGUUCCCGCAGCAGGGCUUUUCCUCUUGACAAAACACAAAUUCAAGUUACGGCAGUUUGAAAUUGUACGACUUGUCAUUUCAAAAAAAUCGUUGCAGUCGUCCCGAUCUACCCUCUUCGCAUCACAGAUGUUUCCAUAUGAUCGUCUCGUCGAUCCUCUGACUACAUCUUGAGAGGACUCGACACGAUCCGGGAGAUUGUAAGGGAACCUGGCUUGAGUUUCAGCUGCGUCGAAAUGACAGCAGGUUAUUAAACUUGUAAACAAUCUAUCUUUUCUUCCCUUACACAGAAAAAAAAGGCAAAUAUCUCACCUCUGUGGUUAGGAAAGUGUAAACUAUACCGAAAAGGCAGCUAAUCACAAAGAUCGGGGAGAAGAUCAACAAAAAAUACGGAGCAUAAUCAUCGGCGAAAGUAAAAUGAACUUUUUCUUCGUCCGCCAUAACAUUUUUGAGGCAAUCCGCUGCUCAGUUGGUACCAAGGUAAAUUUGUUUUGAAUGUUCGCUGACCAAAUUAUCGUAGGUUCAUUAUAGUUACAGACAAGAUGGCGGACGCGGGAGAUUCGGUUCACGCGGUUUAUCGGAGUCCAUUGACUAGUCGCUAUGCUAGCGCUGAAAUGGCGUUUAACUUUUCCGAAGACAAAAAAUUCUCCACGUGGAGGAAGCUCUGGCUCUUUUUAGCUAAGUCCGAGAAGGUGAAAUUUACAAUUUGUCGGUGUUGACACAGUUCGAAAGCUACAGUGAAAAGCCAAUCACGAUUUGUUAAAAAUCGAGUUUUGCAUUAUUUUUUAUUUAUAGAUGCUAGGCUUGGACAUCACGGAUGAGCAAAUUCAGGAAAUGGAAACUAACUUAACAAAUAUUGACUACAAACUAGCGGCUGCCGAGGAAAAAAAGAGAAGACAUGAUGUCAUGGCGCACGUGCACACUUUUGGCGCGUGCUGUCCCAAAGCUGCCCCUAUAAUACAUCUGGGAGCCACAUCUUGUUAUGUGGGUGAUAAUACCGUAAGUUUUUGUAGAAAAAAAUAUUUACAUCUACUGAGACGUGUGUACAAUAUUUACACGGAGGUUUCACGGUGGAAGGGGUGGGGGGGGGGGAUUUUGGAGAGGGGUUUAAUGUAGGGUGGGACAAGUGCGGGCCGGAGUCUAGCAGGGCCUUUGUUUGAAAGGUGGAUAACAUUACCCACUGAAUAGACCUCUAUCCAGUGGAUAAUGGAAUUGGUUUACCUAAUACUUAUCCUCUGGAUAGUGAUUUAUCCGGUGGAUAGUGCUAUCCAACAUUUGAACAACCGAGGCGAGGUCAGCAACAAAAAAAGUGAUGUGAAAUGCUCUAAAAACAAGCAGGGUUCUAUCUUGGGUAUUUGAGGGGUAGACGCUUCCCCAAAAUGCCCAGCUUUCCCCCCAAAAAAUACUGUUAUUGUUACAGUUUAUAAGUAACUAUAUCGGAAAAAUCAUCCAGACGCGACAAGGUCAGUGCACACACUGUAGCAUUUCUCAAAAUUGUCUCUCAAUGGCACCAGAUGGCAACUCAGCGCAUAUUCAUUUCAAAACGUUUCCGGGGAGCAUGCCUCCAGACCCCCCUAGGAAGCUCAUGCGAUUCAGCCACUUGGGACUUCUCCCCUAGCAAUAAAUCCUAGAUAGAACCCUGACUAGUCAUCCUCUUCUGCAGUAACAUUUUCUAAAGUCUAGGAACAGCUUUCAGAGCAUAAUCAUAGCAUUGUUUACCUUGUGUACUUGCCUGCAAGUCUGCAAUAUGCAUUCACCAUUUGUCCCAUGCAAAGGGGCAGGGGCACUUUUCUUAUAUAAGCAAUGAGGAUGCUUGUCAGAAAAUUUUGUACACCUGUAAGAGCUAAGGGGAUUACAUAUUGUGGGCAUGAAUCAAGUUUGUUUUUGCCCACAGAGGUACCAAUGGCACUGAAACUGGAUUGUCUUCUGUCAGUGACUAUUUUGUACAGUUAUAAACAUAGGUUACUUGACUAAUUCCUGUCAUUUUUAGUGAAAUACCCAAAAAUGCCCCUGAAAGAUAUGGCAACAUCUCUAACAAUGGCCAUUUCAGAAUUCUGCUGUCAGAGUUCUGUCAUGAUUGGCAAUCAUUCCACACAGGUGAAGAAUGUUACUACAGGGAAUGUUAAAAGGGAUGGUGCUGAUACCAUAGCAGUCCUAUAAAAAAGCUCUUCUCUCCUUAAAGGGAAUCAAAAUAAGUUUAAAUCUAAAAUUAUGGAUAAACAAAUUUGUUCCUUUGGAUUUUUAUAUCCUGAAAAGUAACCACAGCAGUAGUGCAAGAUUAUUGUUCUGACCAAAGAGCUUUUUGUUUACAUGUCCAUAGCAGGAUAAAAACAAAAAAUAGGACAUAAAGACAUACAAACGCUUUCUUUAAAAAUAUUUUAGAUUGACUUGACUAGUUAUUUCUGUGUUUAAAGAAAAUGAAGGGACAGACUGUAAAAUUUCAAAACAGCAGUGUUGUUAUCUGUUCUGUUUUGACAGCUGAUAUUUUCAGAAAUUUUGUCUGUUCUGUUUUCACAUAUUUGGGACCCUUAUUGUGUUAAAGGAUGCUUUCAACAUUAUACUCCCAAAGGUGAGGCUGACUUUUAUUUCGUGUUUACAGAAAUUGUGACAAAAGGUUGAGGUUAGAAGCUAGAUGUCUAGGCCCUUUUAAGGCUGUGCUCUAAGAAAAAUUGAAGGGAGCCCACUGCUCUGAACUUGUGAAAUACAGGCUCCCAGCAUAUGAUUUGUAUGAAAAAGGUAUGAUUUUCUAGUUGCCCAAGAACAAAAGUUAGGCACCUCAGGCCACUGGGCUCUGCUAGAGCACAUCCUUGCCUUUGGUGUCACUGCGAAGUUUGAAUUUUUCGAGAAUAAUGUAACGUAAUUUAUCAUGAGCACAAGGUGCCUGUACAUGUAUGUAUUACAUCUGUGUAAUUUAUUGGCGUUAUUAAGAAUAAGGUUACAGUAUUUUAUCUUAAUGUCUUUUUACUUCUUGAUUUUAUUUGAAGCUGGCAAGAUGCAUACAUAGAUUGUCAGGUUUUGCAGAGCAGAACAAGUCAAUUCCCACCCUUGGCUACACACAUUUUCAGUAAGUUAUGGAAACAAUUUAUCUUAAGGCAUUAGGGCCUGCUGUUUCAGUUAUCAUGCUUCACUGUUCUAACCUACUCUACACUGCUCUAACCUACUCUGCUCUUCUCUGCCUACUCUACACUGCUCUACUCUUAGCUACUCUACCCUGCUCUAACCUACCAGUAGUCUGCUUUGCUCUAACCUACCACUACUCUGUUUCACUCUCAUUUACCCUAUAUUGUUUUUCUCUAACAUAGUGUACAUUGCUAUAACCUACUCUACCCUAAGGUAACACACGCUGCACUUCUCUAACAGUGUACUCCACAUUAUUAUAAUCCACUCCAAGCUGCUCAAAUCUGCAUCGUGUACUGUGUACUAUAGCCUGUACUCUACAGUGUAAUCUACACUACUCUAACCUCCACUGUGCUCUAAUUUACUCUGCUCUAACCUACUCUACUUUGCUUUAAUUUACUCUACAGUCUACUCUAACAGACUUGUACUCAACAUUGCUAUAUACUUAGGGUCUUAGAAAAAUGAUAAAGGAGGCCUUUGCUUGGAAAAUGGUUAGACCUACAUGUAUGUAUGCCCCAAAUUACCUUGUUUGCAGGUGAGCCUAAAACAAAUUCCUCAGUUACUUCUUCCUACUAACAACACUGACCUGUUUUUCAUUGUAGACCAGCUCAGCUGACUACAGUGGGUAAAAGAGCUUGCCUUUGGCUGUCUGACCUUCUAAUGGACCUAAGAAACCUAACUAGAGCACGUGAUGACUUGAGGUUUAGAGGCGUUAAGGGUACCACAGGUACCCAGGCCAGUUUUCUGAGUCUUUUUGAUGGAGACCAUGACAAGGUAGAAAUUCAUUCUUUUUCGAGGUUCCUUCUUUAGCCUGGGUAGCAAGUAUUUCCGCUUGAGUUAUUGAGUGAAAACUUGGAGCGUUCCAGCUGUCAUAAAUUAACUUGAGCAGAAUUGCUUGCUAUGCAGGCUAUUUCCUAUCAAACUGCCCUUUUUUUAAUUCCAGCUGCUUGGUGUCACUUUUUUUUCAAAAGUGAAGUUUCAUUUGCCUUAAAUGUGUUCGUUUAUAAUAGGUGGAAAGACUAGACCAGCUGGUGACUGAAAUGGCUGGGUUCAACAGCCAUUACCUGGUUACAGGCCAGACCUACAGCCGUAAAGUAGAUUUGGAUUGCCUUUCAGCUCUUGGCAGUCUAGGGGCUUCUGUUCACAAGGUAUUUUUACUUUUUCUCUCCCCUACCCCUAAAGUAACUGCAGUACUGUAACAUUCAUUUGUAGGAACUUUUAUUUCUUGUGCUUGUCAAGAACAGUGCUUCUAGCACCUUCCACAGUUGUGCCAUCUUUCAAGGAUGAGGUUUCCCUUGACAAAUUGAUCAGGGAGUUUAGUCCGUUCCAAGAAUUUAGAUACAGCUUUAGUAGCUAGGGAACGCCCCAAAGUAAAAAAGGGGGAUAAAACUGCCCACCUUCCCAUCCCCUAAGCCAACAUUAAUACUUACUUCUCACUUAGGGCAAAAUGUUGGCUUAGGGGAGAGGUAGGUGGCCAGAUUCCCAGAAAUGUAUUAUGAUCCAAGAUCUUUAUACAUUUCUAGGAAACUGCCCACCUACCCCUCCCCUAAGCCAACACAACAAUUACUUCUCACUUAGGGCAAAAUAUUGGUGUAGGGGAGGGGUAGGUGGGUAGAUUCCCAGACAUGUACAAUGAUCCAGAAUGUCACAGAAUAAAUGAAUACAAGGGAGGGAAAAAAGAGGGAGGGAGCCUGGUCACCCUCCCCAGUUCUCCCUCUGUUUUUCUUUACUUUGUACCACUCCCUACUACCUGAACGUCUGAAAUAGGCUACACGGAGUUACUCAAUGAUGAGAAAAUGGAGGAGGAGAGGUGGUUCUUUCCCUUUCCCCAGCUCACUGACUCGUUUCCUAGUCCUUUUUCAGCACAGUAAACGUUUCGAUAGGCCACUUCCGAGUUCCAAAAACCCUCACAUUCAAAAUGAAGUCAAGUGCACACCCUUUCUUGUGAAAAUGAGUUUUAUUUGCACGAGAAUGAAAAAUCAUCUCCAUAUCAAAGGCUGAGCACUUGACCUCGUUUUGAUUCAGAGGCUCGGGGGAACUCGGAAAUGGCCUAUUGUAGACUGCAAAACAGUCCGUAUUUUUGCGUAUUCAAGUAGGCGCGAACAGUGAAACAAAAGGUCUGGAACGAGGCUGAAAACGAAGAGUGAGACUGGGGAGUUUUUUUCUUUCGCCUCACACGCCCUACAGGCGUGUGAGGCUCGCGCGCUUCGCGCGCGUAAGACUUUUACGCCACCCUUUACCGAUUUCUUUACUGAUUUUGAGAAAAAAACUGACUGUUUUGCAGUCUAGGCUUAUUGUUUUUUUGUCAUGAGAACAUAGUUGCUGCAGUAUGCUGUUGUAAAUGGUCAUCUUUGAAAUAGGCACUACAGUGUAUAGAUCUAGCUCUCUUUUAUAUUAAGUAAUUAUCGCCUUGUUUUGCUUUGAACGUUGUGAUUGCUUUCUUUGCAGAUAUGUACGGAUAUCAGGCUUUUGGCCAAUCAAAAAGAAAUUGAGGAACCUUUUGAGAAGGAACAGAUAGGUAACUGAAAACAAGUAAAUGAAGUAAGCCCCCAAAAACUCUGUGUACAUGCGCAAACCGGUCGGUUCACUGUUACCACUUUAGAACCGAGAAAGGAAUCGGGCUGAGUUAAACUUUCGCAAAGACUUCUGGAACUGGGAAGAAAUUGGACAAUGAGGACCUUACAAUCCGACAACGGCGACGUCCAUAAAAAGGUCGCUGACAGAUAGACUUCCCAUCCAUUUAAACUUAUUACCUACCCUUCGAAGCCGAAGAUUGAUGGCGCGAUUAUUCCAAUUCGCCCUGAUACUUAAAAGAAGGGAAUUUUGGUCGGAACUGAAGAGAGAGGAACGCGCCUGAGUUCAGACAGAGAUGGUAGAAUUUAUCGCCUUGCCGUUCCCGUUCUCAAGUAAACUAAAAUUUGGUCAUUUCACGUCGUAGUUGUGCAGAGUGCGACUGAAGUUACGAAUUAGAACCUAACAGAACCUUUUGGGUACACUGAAUGGGGUGCUCUUCUUUAUACAUACAUACAUACAUACAUAAACUUUAUUUAUCCUCGGAUUUUAGUGUAGCUUACAUAGCUAGUAUCUCCGAUCCUAACUAAUUUUAAAAGUUACAACAUAUAUAAUAUAAUAUUAAUUAAUGUAGUAUUAACUAAAACUGUGCACUAACAAUUUGCGCUUAAAUUCACUAUAAUCUACAGUCUUUCUAAAGUGAUCAGGUAGAGAAUUCCAGUACUUAACAGAUGAAUAGCUAAAGGAAUUUAGACCAUAUGUGGUUGUAGACGGCUUAGGAAGUGAUAAAAUAUUAGUACCCCGUAGGGAGUAAGCAGUAGAUCUUAACUUGAUCAGUUGUUUUAAAUAGCACGGAUAUUUACCAAAAUGGAGACAUUUGAAUAUACAAAUCAUCAUAUUUUGUAUCCUCCUGUUGGCUAAACCACACACACCAGCCUUGUCUAGAAGAGCAUCAUAGUUCGAGUCCCAGUCCUUUAAAACAAAUCUUAAAAUACGUCUAUACAAGUACUAACGAUUUGAUCGCAAGUGUUCGAUUUGCUUGAGUGCCAGACUCUAGAAUUAAGAACAAAAAAGGAUUCUAGCACAGUAAGCUCUACCCUGGACGCGUAGCUGUCAGGAUUUAUCGCGCGCAAUAACCUGCAGGGCAAGCAUUUCUUUUUGGCGUUUUUUAGGCGAGCAAAGGCAAGUAAGAAGUCAGCGAGGAACGCGAGACACGCACGGCGAGGGAAGGCAAAGAAGUUAUUUUUUCCUCGCCUUUCUUUGUUGCGCGUGUCUCACGCUUCAAGUUCGCUUCGUGCUUCGUUCCCCUGAAAAACGCAAAAAAAUAGUGCCUGUUCUACAGGUUACGCGCGGAAGUGCUCGCGGUAAAGCCACCAGAGGAACUAUUUAUAAAUGAAGAUUAGUCACAUUGGGACUUGGUCGCUUGCUGGGUAUGGUGGGUUUACAACCGUUUUGUCUACGAGUCAUUUCGCUGUCUUAAGUCGUUUCCGUAACGUGCUAGGUCAGUUCCCUUAUUUCGCCUGAUCAAUGGUUUUAAGGACGAGGCUUUCAGUUGUGUAUCGGACUCUGUGUCACGGCUAGAGCUGCUUCAAUAAAGGUUACUUUGGGCAUUAGGAAUUGGCAGUUGGAUAUUGGAUCGAAUUGGGCAGUUGGGAAUACGAAAUUCACUGCAGUGACUUGCUUCAGUGACUUCCAACAAUGCUUUCCCAGAGCGCAAUUCCCAAUGCCCAAACCAACCUUUACUGAAACAGUUAUAUUCAUGUGUGGCGCUCGUUUCGUUUUUAAGCGAAACGACUUAAAACGUUGGCGAACGGGACGUUAGCGAAAAGGACGCGUUGGCGAAACGACGUUCACCUCGCGGUACACCCUAAACCUUCACGCUACGCAAAGUUAGAGAAGAAGCGCCAUCAUGUUAGUUCUCAGAAGUUUUCUUUCUUUCUUCCCAAGGCUCAAGUGCAAUGCCGUACAAACGGAAUCCGAUGCGAAGUGAGAGAUGUUGCAGUCUGGCACGUCAUUUGAUGGUUCUUGUAGGCGAUGCACAGCAAACAGCUGCGACACAGUGGCUGGAGAGAACUCUGGAUGACAGCGCCAACAGGUGAUGCCAAGAAAGACUAGCUUUUGAAUUCCUUUCCUGUGCUCAAUUCCAUCUACCAACUCAUCAGGGAACAUUAUACGUUUCUGGGAAACUUCCCACAUACCCCGCCUCCCCUAAGCCAACACUAACACUAGGUUCCAGUUGUUUAAACGGUGGAUAACUAUACAUUCAUUUUAACCUUUUUUAACCUCUUUUAACCUUUACCCUGUGAAUUUAAAGAACGUGUUCAAACCAACCUCCAGGGUUCAUUCCUACAACCUGCGAGGUGCCUCGAACAAUGUUUUUGUACCAAGGCCCCGCACUGAAGCUGUUAAGCGGUCUUUUAGCUAUAGGGGGCAGUCAUGUGGAAUGGCCUAGAAAAUGUGCUUAAAGACGAGAUAAAUCUCAACUGUUUCAAGUCUGCCCUGUCUUUGCUUUGAACCGGGGUUUGCCUUGAGGGAGUGUGAUAAAACUUAUUUUAGUUAUAUAAUGUACAUUUUAGGUUGAUUUUUGUGCAAUUAAUUAUAGGAUAGUUUUCUUAAUAUAUAGAUAUAUUUUUAGCGUAAGUGUAGUUUCUCUUAGAAUUUGUUAUGUAAACGGCUGACUGGAAGAGCGUUUUUAAUGAAGUGAUACCGUAAAUAAAGCUUGAUUGAUUGAUUUAUUUUAUGUAGGGACCCUUUUUUAAGAACUGUAAACAAAACUUUCAGCCUGAAAAUUGCCAAAAUGUUAAGAACAUAAUAAGAACAUACCCGAGGCUCACUGCUUUUACUUUCCUAAAUGCAGAAAGUCUGAAUUACAUAACGCCCUACAUGGAUUCAGAGUGCAUGUAAAUUUUUUUCUUUCAACGCAUUCCUAUUGCUUAUGGUCAAUAAUACAUUUACAUUGUACUCGUGCAAUUUGUUAAUGUGAAAACUAUAAUCAUUGUCUUAUCUUGUCAAAACAUUUUUUGCAGGAGAAUAAGUUUGGCGGAAGCUUUCCUCACAGCUGACAUUUUGCUCAGUACUUUGCAGAAUGUUUCGGAGGGUUUGGUAGUUUACCCAAAGGUAAGAGAAAUGAAUCAAGAAGAGAGCUUAUGCACAGGCCUUUUGAGCGACAGAUCGCCCCAUGUAAACGACAGAUCGCCCCAUGUAAGGGAAUCCGGAUUCCGGGAUCCGAGAAAUUCUUGCUUUUGGAAUCCGAAAUCCGGGAAAUUUUUGCUUGUGGAACUGAAAUACUGGGCGUUGGACUCCGAAAUUCAGCUCAAGAUACCUGGAAUUCCGCAAACCAUUGGAAUUUCUGAAUCCAAGUUCCGGUGACAAGGAAUCCGGAAUCCAAUACCUUGAAUCCGGAAUCCAGGACGUGGAAUCCAGAAUCCAGUCUUAAAUUUCCUUACAUGGGGCGAGAUGGACGCCAACCGGAAGUUGGCCUUUUCCCUUCUGAUAUGUCUCAACGCUACCCCAUUUGUCUUUUCAAGUGUCUUUUUUCUUACAGAGAUGACUUGCUUAAAGAAUUGGACAAAUUACAUAGCUCCAAAGUGCAAAAAGACUUUACUUUCGAUUGCCCUCCCUCGCGUUUGCUUAACCUCUCUAGUCAUGAUCUUCUGUUUUAAGACGCGUCUUACAUAAGACGCGUCUUAAAUAAGACGCGAAUUGUACCAUUUAUACGAGCAUGUCUUAUCUAAGACGAGAACAGCUCGUAUAAAUGGUUCGCGUCUUAUUUCUGUUCUUGACUCGUUUUCAUGUGAAUGUUGCCCGUAGCCACGGCAAUCCAACGUGGCGCGCCAAAAAUUAACGCAUGCGUACUAUGCGUUUGCGUCUUAUUUAAGACGCGAAGGUCAUUUAUACGAAGUUUUUCUCGUCUUAGCUAAGACGCGUCUUACCUAAGAACAGGUGUUAAGGGCUGUUCUAAAAUAAGACGCGUCUUAGCUAAGCCGCGUCUUAUUUUAGACGAAAUGUGCCGUUUAUACGGAAAGUUCGCGUAUUAUUUAAGACGCGUCCUAUGUAAGACGCAUCUUGUUUUUCCUCGUAUAAAUGGCCCUAUUAUUGUGGGAAAAAUAAUCAUCUUAUUCGAAAGCUGGAAGCACGGUGGUGCAUUUUAGUACACUACGUUGAACUUUAAUCAGAACCCAGUGGCUCAAUUUGGCCCUUCGUAAACAGUCAGCCUUGUCUGGUUUAUUUUCCAACAAAGCAAAAAAAAUCUACUAAAAAUCUGAAGGAGCCUUGAGGCGCUUACCAUUAGUGUGAACUGGCCGACCAGGACUAGUCAAGUAGUGAAAUAUUUUCACCGUUACUCGACACUGUCUUCCAAGGUUGUAAAAUCACACUAAUCACGUGUUGCGUGAUCACGAUCACGUUCACCUUCGCGAUCUUAUGCGCUUUGUGUAUUCAGUGUUUGGCUUGUGAUUUUCCUCCGCCACGGACAGGUUAUUGAACGCUCACGCUCACGAUCACGAUCUUACGCGAAUUGUCCGUUCGGUGUUUGACUCAAGAUUUUCUUCUGUCGCGACGAACAGGUUAUUGAACGCCAUAUUCGUCAGGAGUUACCGUUCAUGGCGUCAGAAAACGUUAUCAUGGCCAUGGUGAAAGCUGGAGGCAAUAGGCAGGUAUGAUAAUUGUUGUUCACUUCCGGAAACUAGAGAUCUUUCUUCCAGGUUGUUUAUUUUCGGUACCCAGGGCUGCAAAUAACGGCCGGUCAACGGACAAUGUCCGGCCUGAUCGCGGACUUGACCGGUCAAACUCCGGUCUUGCCGGUCAUUUUGACCGGUCAUUUUUGGAUACAAACACUUUAUUUUCCAUACAGUUGUCGCUUAAUGCUCUAUAGCGCUGCAAUGAUUUCUUUUUUCUUUGGCGUUUUUUGCUGCUUUGCACUAAACCCUUCUAAGAAAAAGAACGCCGCAAUAAAUUAAUUUCAUGUCGUCAUGUCGUAAUCUAACGCAGCAAAGUGAAUAACAAACUGAGUUGGAAAGUAAUGCAACGUUGCAAGUCGUACCGUACUUUCGGCUUUGCUGUAAUCAGCAAUGUGACCUUCUUUGGGAAUUCGAAGGAAUUCAGGCAAAUCGAUCGCAAUUCUCAACAGGUCGUCCUGUGUUUCUCCGGGAAUAAAUGUUAGCGCAUCAAUUAAUAAUAAUUUCUUUUAUGUCGAACAUGAAUCUCGUUUGCAGACUCGAUUCCAGAAUGGUCUGAUAAAAAUUUAAACUACUCAAGAGGGAAGGUCGUCGUCUAUCGCGGCGCUAGAUUCUCGUUCUUGUAAACAACUUUAUGCAAAUUUCUGUUGACAUUUGAGCCCUUCACGAUAAAAUGCUGCGCGAUGACCCAAAUUUAUUUAUUGACUUCUGAUCAUCAACACGCUGUUUGUGGAACAAACUUCUCGCCACUGCAAAUCAACUCAGGGCUUUGCCGAAAAUAUCAGCGACGAUUCUUCUUUGAAGAAGCGAUCACGUGCCAGGCAAGGAAAAAGAUCAAGUUUCACCGAUGUUCAUUUCGGAACAUCAACGUAAAACAAGCGUGUGCAGAUUUUGUAAAAUAACCCAAUUUUUUUUUUUUUUUUUGUAAUUUCUAAAGUUUGCUGAACUGUAUGUGUAUUCUGUUUCCUGAACCUUGGGAGUUUGAAAAGGAUUUACGCUUCACUUUUUAACUCUAGAGACUUCAGACACCGCCAUGCAAUGAUACUCAAGGUAGAACGUAACAUUAAAACGCCCGAAAACCGCGGAAAGGAACUCUACAACGUGCGAAUGCAUUUUUCACUAAUUUGCUGUCAAAAAUGUGAACGUCAAUGUAGUAAUAACGAUCUAUUGCCAGCAUAAUUGGAUAUUCCUUGGGCAAAAAAAAAUUAUUUAGUAUUCAUUAUUUGACCGGCCAGAAUCGGGGUUUGUCCGGGCUAAAAAAUAUUUGGCCGGUCAUCAUGACCGGCAACCUGUUGUCCGUUAUUUGCAGCCCUGGUACCACGAUGAAAAAGCCAAGAAAAUGGAGCGCCAAAAAUAUUUAUAAUGAUCAGGCCUUUUAACUACAGGUGCACUAAGAUAAAAGCUGUUUGAUGUCUGUUCUCUGCUGACAAUCAACAUUAUGUUUUUUGAACCAGAAACUAAUAAGGCCUUGUCCACACGAAUCCAUUUUUGUUUGACAACGGAGAUUUUUUUCUCCGGCUUGGCCUACCGCCCACUUGUACUCAGUUCGGUGAAAAUGGUCACCGAAAACUCAUCUUUCAAAACCGCUGUCCAGAGAUAAGAGUUUCAUAAACGCCGUUUUGCUGUACUUGUGUGGACGGAUGAAAACGGAGGUUUUUGCAAACGAUUACCUCAUGGUGUUGGAUCCAGUCUAUCCCGCGCAUGAGCUUAGACGUCACCAUCUCGCGGGCUCAGAUACCAGUAAAUGCGCAUGCUCCCAUUAAAGAUGGUACCGUUUUCAGAGAAUGUUGCAUUUUUGUUUGGGUGGGCAAAAAGGAUUCCAAAUCGUAAUUUAUGGACGCGGAUUUGUUUUGAAAACUGAGAAAAAGUCUCCGUUUUCAGCACAAGUGGAUACUUAUAAACGGGGCCUAAACUGAUUCACCAUUGGAGCGUCAACACAAACAUCUUAAGUUUGGGCGCAGUGAUGUGAAACUUAAUCAUAAACGAUAACAUUUCCGCUCUGUUGUUGUUGUAAUUUGUAUCAAUUUGAUUAACUGUUAUACUGUCAAGAGAGAGCUUUUGUGGAUUUUAAAAGGAUGUGGAAUCAAAUUGAUGGGUUUUUGUUGUAAUGUUUUACAGGAAUGCCACGAAAAGAUCCGCGUUCUGUCCCAGGAGGCUGGGGCGGUUGUCAAGGAGCAGGGUGGCGACAAUGAUUUGGUUGAGAGAAUCAAGGCCUGUGAAUACUUUGCUCCCAUUCACAACCAGCUAGACGCCAUACUGGAUGCUAGCACUUUCACUGGGCGGGCACCACAGCAGGUAAGAAAAGUCAGGUUCAUUAAGUGUCAGAAAUAUUUUAAAAUGGCAAUAUCACAGUAG